AUGGAAUCAGAAAAAGCAGACAUCGACUCAAUUGUUGAUCGAUUGCUUGAAGUUAGAGGUUCGAGACCUGGAAAACAAGUCACUCUUACGGAAUAUGAAAUUCGUUAUUUGUGUACUAAGGCAAGAGAAAUCUUUAUUCAACAACCCAUUUUAUUGGAGUUAGAAGCUCCUAUUAAAAUUUGUGGUGAUAUCCAUGGUCAAUAUUAUGAUUUGUUGCGAUUAUUUGAAUAUGGUGGAUUUCCUCCAGAGGCAAACUAUUUGUUUCUUGGUGAUUACGUUGAUAGAGGUAAACAAAGUUUGGAAACUAUUUGCUUACUUUUGGCUUAUAAGAUUAAGUAUCCAGAAAAUUUCUUCAUCUUAAGAGGUAAUCAUGAAUGUGCUUCUAUUAAUCGUAUUUAUGGUUUCUAUGAUGAAUGUAAGCGAAGAUAUAACAUUAAGUUAUGGAAAACUUUUACCGAUUGUUUCAACUGUUUGCCUAUAGCUGCUAUCAUUGAUGAAAAGAUCUUUACUAUGCACGGUGGUUUACUGCCUGAUUUGAAUACAAUGGAACAAAUUAGAAGAGUCAUGAGACCAACAGAUAUACCUGAUGUGGGAUUGCUUUGCGAUUUACUUUGGUCAGAUCCCGAUAAGGAUAUUACUGGAUGGUCGGAAAACGACAGAGGGGUAUCAUUCACCUUUGGACCCGAUGUGGUUUCUCGUUUCCUUCAGAAGCAUGAUAUGGACUUGAUUUGUCGAGCACAUCAAGUUGUUGAAGAUGGUUACGAAUUCUUCUCCAAGAGACAGUUGGUUACAUUGUUCCUGGCUCCUAAUUAUUGUGGAGAAUUUGACAAUGCUGGAGCCAUGAUGUCCGUUGAUGAAUCACUUCUUUGCUCAUUCCAAAUCUUAAAGCCAGCUGAUAAGAAACCUAGGUAUCCUGGAACAAACUCCGGAUCUAGCGUAUCAGGUUCCGGUAGCACGGCUGCUUCAUCCGCGUCAAACUCAAGACCAGUGACACCUCCAAGAAAGCAAAAGAGAGCAUCAAAGUAA